CAUCAAACUGUGGAAAAACAAAUUUAAUAAUAGGUCUUCUGUUGCAUGAAAAUGGAUUACAUUUUAAAUACAACAGGUAGGAGGUAGGCGGGUAGGUGUUAUAAAGUAAACAUCAUUUGGUACACCUUAAACUUUAAUAAAUUAAUUAAUAAUUUUUUAUGCAUUUCAUUAUUAUAAUUCUAAUGAAAUAUUGACAAGUGAUACUCAAUACCUGCCGGUGAGUGUUAUCCUUAAGAAAUCUCUUGCACAACAAUAGUUAAUCACCAUCAUCACUUCACUACACUUAUAAGAUGGAGGCAAUGCAGGAAUCUAUAGCCAAACUCCACCAGCUGUUUACUGACAAAAUGGAGGAAUAUCAAAAUGAGCUUCAAGCUGCAUCCCCAUCCCCCAACAUCAACAGUUUAAAAAGUGAUUUUGCUGCUUUUCGGUCAUUUAUCCUGACUGCACUUCUAACACUACAGCAACAAGUUGGUCUCCUUGCACGUCAAGUAGACAACAUAGAAAUGCGGAGCCGGCGAAAGAUGCUGCUGUGCCAUGGCUUGCCAGAGCUGAAGAAUGAGGAUACUUCAGCUGUGAUUACAGGUACCAUUGUGGAGCGGUUGAAAGUUGUUGAUUUUUCAGUCGACUGUAUAAGCAAGUGUCAUCGCAUGGGGCGUGCAUCUGGUGAUGGUAGGCCUAGGCCUAUACUCUUAAAACUUCGCGACGUCGCCAUGCGGGACAAAAUCUGGUUUGCGAAGAUGGCACUUAAGAAGUCUGGAAUAACUAUAUCAGAGUUCCUCACAAAGACGCGGCAUGAUGUAUUUAUGGCGGCUCGUGAUGCUUUUGGCAUGAAUAAAUGUUUCACACAGCAAGGGGUCGUAAUUGUGAUCGGUGCUGAUGGGAAGCGUAUGCGCAUCAACACUAUGGAUGAGUUAAAUAAGAUCAUUGUAUCUUUGGACUCAGCUAAGGAAACUCCCAGACAACCCACGAUCACACUUCCAUCUAAGCCGGUAAUAUCCAUGAAGAGUAGGCGUGCUGGCAUCGUAAAUAAAAAGUGA